UCUUCCAGGAUGCCAUACAUGGCAGCCGUGCAGCAAGCAGCAAUGAACUUCGCAGAAGAUGCCAAUACCGUUUCUGCAAGCCUGAACCAACUUCCAGCCGAGACAUCAGCAAAUACCAUCAAAUCGCUAGCUACGACCGCCUUCAACGCCGAGUCUGACGAAGAUGCUCAGAGAGCAGUCCUCGCAGCCGCAGCAGGAUCCGCUGGAAGUGCAUCAAACACCAAGAUCGUGGAGAAUACUCCAACGGUUCUGAAAGGAUUGAAAGCUAUCAUGCAGAAUCCAACAGCCUCGGCUGUCCAGAGAAAUGUUGUCACAAUUCAGAAUGCGAGAAAUCCCAAUAUCUUGCCCAGCAUUACGCAGCUUUCAAACUCGGCGUUGAAAGCUGUUGGGUCGACGAUGACGCAGCAGAGGUUUCCUGCAACUGGG